AAACUAUAGCCCCGUGUAUUUGUGAACAACAAAUAUCGCCGGUUAUUGAGCAUCUCAUACAAUGUGGUGGCAAUGAUUGGAUAAAUUUAACAAAUAUUUUUGAUAACAUGAGUAGACAACUCAAUAAGACAGACAAAAUGUUUCAAAAAUUUAAACUAAACAAUACAGCAAUUAGUGAAUUACCUGAAAAUUUGUUUCAUGACAUUGCUUUUAAUUAUAUAGACAUUGAAAAUGCAUAUAAUUUGCGCAAAAUUGAUACAAACAUAUUUAAUGGUAUUAACGAUACGAUUGAAUAUUUGUGGAUCAGAAAUACACCAAUUAAUGAUAACAUCGAUGACAUGAAUAGUAAUGUAUUUUAUGCCAUCAACUCAUUGAAAGCAUUGCAAACACUGUAUAUAUCAAACACAAGUAUCGCCACAAUUCCUGACAACGCUUUUCAAGGAAUUAAAUAUUUGAAUACAAUUUAUUUGGUAAACAGUGUUAAUAACAUUGGGAGGCAUUCAUUUAGGACACUCCGAAAUAUAGAAGUACUAGACUUGAGUUACAAUAAACUGAUUAAUAUAUCCGAUGAGGCCUUUGCUAUACAAGACAGUCCUAAUGAUGAGAGUCUAUACAUCCGACUGACUAACAAUACUUUUGGUGAAAAUGCUUUGAGAAAAGAGAUUUUUGAUGGUUUGGAUAGAGAUGUAGUUAUUCAUAUUGAAGGCAAAAAGUUUGGUUAUUUAAAUGAAACAAUUUUUGGACACUUUUUACGACAAAAUUCAUUAAACGAUAUAUGGUUUUCAUCGCUUGAUUGUAACGAUUGCCGAAAUGUUUGGUUAAUCUCUGACUUCGGGUCACAAGUGACACGUGUUAUGUGCAGUAAUGGUCGGUAUAUUAAAAAUUGGAUUAAUUUUGUUGGUUGUGUUGGUUAUGACCAAUAUAUUAAUAUUUCAAUUUCCGAAAUUGAUUUUGAUUAUCAACCGGUAAAUAAUACUGAGUUUGCUAUUAAUUUAAAUACAAGUCAAAUAUCAUUUAGUUAUACACACCAAACAAUAUGA